AUGGAAAAUAUCGCUCAAGGCUUAUAUAAUGCGCCUGAUAUGGGAGCGCCUGCUCGAAAAUCGUCUUCAGUUAAAGAAAAGUUGAGAAGGUGUUUGACAGAUAUCACUAACCUAGCAAAUCAUCCAGCCUGUAAAGAUAAAGAUUCUGGUCUAAGUGUCGAUCUUGAUUUAGUCCAGAAAUUUAUAUCUGAUGUAAUAUCCCCUGAUAAAAGCCAAUUCUCUAUAUCCACAAUAAAACAUAAUAAGCACAACAUUUUCAAACAGUUGAAACAAUACUAUGAUGAUCAGCAAUAUCCAGAAGACAAAGAGUCCAUAUUAUAUGAUGUCGACAAAUACGACUAUGACAUACCAGUCAUGGUAGCACCAUAUGCGAAGCAAGUAUAUACGUUUAAUAAAAUUAGAGAAUUGGAUUACUACAAAUUUCGAGACUACAUGAAAAUACAAAAUGGUAUUGAUGAAGAAAUGCGCUCUGCUUUGGUCGAUUGGCUAGUUGCAGUGCAUGAUUCCUUUAGACUUAUUCCUGAAACGUUACAUCUGUCUAUUUACCUAGUGGACAAAUUCUUAUCUAUGUUUUUAAUACCGACAAAAUACCUUCAACUGGUUGGAAUAGGUAGCAUGUUUAUAGCUAGUAAAUAUCAAGAGGUAAAUCCACCAGAAUGCGACGAUUUUGUUUACGUUUGCAGUAAUACAUAUACCCGUGAAUGCAUUAUAAAGAUAGAAAAAAAUAUUUUGGAAUCCGUUCAAUACGAUCUAGGCGUUCCCUCAGCCAUUCACUUUUUGCGCCGAUAUUCCAAAAUAAUAGGAAACAAUCACUAUUUACAUACAUUAGCUAAAUAUUAUAUAGAACUGGGAAUUUGCAUAUAUGAUACAGCCCUGUGGCCACCAAGCGCGCUAGCCGCUGCCUCUCUAUAUCUGGGACGAAAAGCUACCAAGAAAAAAAGAGCUUGGAGCAGCCAUUUGACAUACCAUAGCACAAUAAAUCACCAAAGUGUGCAUAAACUUGCUUCUGAACUACUAGCAUGCCUUCAUUCACAUUCGCCAUUCAAAUUUCGUCACGUCUUACGCAAGUACAAUUCCGAAUCAAACUAUAAAGUAGCCAUGGUCGAGCUUCCAAGAACAAUUCAAAUCUAAAAGAGUGCUUGUCAUCCGCGUACCUCUUUGACCCAUUUUUUUAUCUCAAGACAACAAAACAUAAAACACGUCGUCUUAUCUUUCCUGAUUUUGGCAUCACUUGAUACCUAAAAUCUCUUAAAAAAUUUUUGGCAAGCUAUCAAUCUAUGUCCAUCAACAAAAAAAUUAGUAAAAUUUACUAUGAAGUUUUUUC